AUGAUUACAUCACAAUCAUCACCAGAAAAAAGAUUGUUCAAUUGGCAAGAACAACAACAACAGCAGUCAAAUACGAAAAAUGACAUUGAUACUACGUUAUUUUGGACAAGAAAUUUUAUAGUUCUAUCAAUUGGAAGUAUUAUGUUAACAUUUAUUGUAACAUUUGUAGCUGUAAUCUAUUGGUGUUCAAAACAACAAAAAUUAUCAAAAACAAAAUCUCAUCCAUCUGAAUUAUCAUCUUUUACAACACAUUCUAUUAAUGUUAAAGCAUCGAGACCAAAAGAAAUAAAAUUAUUUCCUAUUGUACCAAAAUUAAUUCAACCAAAUUCAUCAUCAUUCAUAUUACCUACUAUUGAAGAUAAUAAUUAUAAUAAUCUUAAUCAUGAUCGAUUUACGACAGAUACAUGUUCAACAGCUGAUUCAUCAUCAUCAUCAACGGCUAUAGCUACAAAAAAAUUUCGAAAAAAAAAUCUCUUAGAAAGGAGAGGUUCAAAUAAUUCAUUAACAAUCUCAAUAGCUCCAAAACAUCGUCUUCUUAAUAGUCCACCAGUGGAUUGUCCAUCUGAUGAAUAUUUACUAACAGCAACAAGAAAAUUAACUAUUGAUGAACUUCAUCAACAUGCACAAGAUGCUCGAUUACUUUAUCAUGAAUUUUGGACAAUUCCAACAAAUCAUCUUGAAAAACUUCGUAUUUGUGGUGCUGGUACUAAAAAUCGUUAUGGUACAAUUAUAGCUAAUGAUCAUUCUCGUGUAAAAUUAUCUGAACUACCUGGUGAUCCACUUUCAUCAUAUAUCAAUGCAAAUUAUGUUACUGGUUAUCCAAAUGAAUAUCAUGCAUUUAUAGCAACACAGGGCCCAUUGGCCAAUACAAUUAUUGAUUUUUAUCGAAUGAUUUGGCAAGAACAUGUACCAGUUAUUAUUAUGAUAACUCGUUUAUUUGAAAAAAAUAAAGCAAAAUGUGAAAGAUAUAUUCCAGAUAGUCAACCUACUCAAUAUGGACCAUUUCAUGUUCAAAUUAAAUCAAUUUCAUAUCAAACUGAUUAUGAAAUACGUCGAUUGAUUAUUGAAUUUGAAAAUGAACAACGUGAAAUUGAACAUUAUUGGUAUACAGCAUGGCCAGAUCAAUCUUGUCCAGAUAAUGCUCAACCAUUAAUUGAACUUGUUAAAAAUGUUGAAAAAAGUCGAUUAGAAUUGUCGAAUUUAAAUAAACAUUUUGGUCCUAUUGUUGUUCAUUGCAGUGCUGGCAUUGGCCGUACGGGAUGUUUCAUUGCAUUGAGCAAUGGUGUAAAACAACUUGAUAAUGAACAUAUUAUUGAUAUUGUUCGUAUACUUUGUGACUUACGUCGAGAUCGUGGUGGAAUGAUACAGACAAAUGAUCAAUAUCAAUUUGUUUAUCAAGCAUUAAGCGAAUACGCAAGAACGUUGCAAUUCUCAUCUUGA